CUGUGACAGUCCGGCUGGCUUGGACUGUUGACUUUUAAAGCUUUUUCUCUGUCAGUACUUCAGUUUUCAAAUUGUUCAAUAUUUAUAUAAAUGUGAAUGUGCUUCUCCGUCUAAUUUAAAUGGAUUCAUCUAUUGGAGAUAUUGAUUCAGAUCCAAACUGGGUUGACUAUCUUAACCCUACUCAACGGCAAGUCUUGGAGGAUCUUAAGAAACAACAGCAAGAAUUUGAUGUCCAUUAUGAUGAAUGGCAAAAAGAGCUACAAACCUGGCGUGCUGCUAAUGCUAACCACAGUGACCCAAAAUCUUACCAAGAUUAUGCUCGUCGGUGGGAAGAGUGGAAGAAUAAGCUUUUAUCGCAAAAAAACCAAAUGGAAAGACUCUACAAGCAAACGUUGAUUCAACUCAAGACACAGGCCGCUAAACAGAAAGAACAAAUGAAUAUGAAUAUGAAUCAACAUAGACCUAUGAUACGACAGCAAUUUACACCAACAUCCAAUUCACAACCCAACUUUCAAUCUCACCCUCCGAUGUAUAGCCAACAGCCAUAUUUUAAUCAGCAGAUAGCAAUGAAUUCUCCUUAUUUUCCCCAACAAAGACCAUUUGGGGCAAUACCUUAUCAACAGCCAAGAUAUAACCAAAUUCCCCAAAAUCCUAUGUCUCUACCCCCACAUCUUUAUCCGGGUCCGAUGCCUGGAAUAAUGAUGCCUCCAAUUGUUCAAGCUCAAGCAAAUGCGCCUGUAUCUGUUUUUCCUCCGCUCUCUCAGCAAAGCCCUGCUCAAGCACUUCCACUAGCAGGUCAGCCAAAUAUUAGUCCAUGGGGAGUUGCCGCCUCUCUACCGGCUACUGUUGUUUAUCCACACUUGUUAACAGCUCCUCCUCCCCCUCCUCCUCCACCACCGCCGCCGCCACCACCUCCACCGAAAUCACCGCCAGCGCCACCUCCUCCUCCGACCACUUCAAGUAGCUCUUCUAAAUCAUCAGAUCCUGAAGAUUCUAAUAAAUCUAAAACUGGAACAAAAGCCUCUGGCACAAGUCGUAUAGAUGAUAUAGUAAAGCGUGCUAGUCAGCUAAUUCCUGGUCUUGGACAGUAUUUAGAUGAAGAUUCAUCAGAUGAAACGUUAGAAUCCAAAAAAAUCACUGUUGAUCUUACUGGAGACGAAGAAUCUACUCAUUCAAGGGAAGUCAGGGAUAAACAAAAUCAAUCAUCAAACAAGAGUGCAAGUUCGAUCAGGAACAAUGAAAACAAUAAUUCGAAGCAAGAUUCGAUGGCUAAAAAUAAUAAUUCUAAUAGUGUGAUAUCUAGUGAAAAAACAAGUAAAACUACCAAUGAUACAAGGCACUCAAAUAAAAGUUCACUAGAAUAUGCUUCAAGAGAACGAUCGAAUCAGAGAAACGAUGCAUUACUGAAGGAUGUUCGUUCAAAUCUGAUGAGUGAUAGUGAUUCGGAGGAGGAUGUCCACAUUGAACAUAUAACAGAUGACAAACAAAAUAAACCUUUUGACUUGGCUGGUGUAAUUAAUCAAAUGAAAUCAAUAAAACCAGCAAAUAACAAUAACCAAACUUCGCAUUCUUCAGAUCAUGAUGACCGUAAUCAAGGCCAAGCCUUACACCAAACUCAGCAGUCUUCGCACAACCAACAACCCAAUCCAUUCCAAUUUCGUGGAAGGAUCAGUACAGAGGGACUCACUACAAUUAUUGAGCCGGUUGAUGAUAAACCUAAGCAACAAACAUCUCCAGAAGCUAACCAAAGGCAUGAUCCUAAUAGACGUCGCUCAGACGGAUUUCAUCAUAUGGAAGGCUCAAAUAUCUCUCGACCAAGACAACCCUAUGUAGCAAAAACAAUUGAUUAUGAUCACGGUUCUCCAUCUAUUGGACCUUCGCUACCUCCUCCUCGAGGUCCUGAUUCUCCUCGAGGUAUAAAUAGAGCUCCUCUGCGAUCUGCGAUACCAAGAGGCCCUCCUCCUCGUUUUGGGCCACGACCUUUUAUUAACAAUAGAGGACCACCUCCCCAAAUACCUCCUUUCAAUCGCGUUCCUCUCACACCUCCUAAUGCUCCUCAUCAAGGUCCCGUUUUUGGACCUCAUCCUCCACCUAGACCAACUUUUGGAGCUCGUCCUUAUUUCAAUGAGAGACCUAGAUUUGGCCCAUCUUUCCCAGCUGGACCAUCACAAGGAAUACCCAGAGGUCCUGCCUUGCCUCCAAGACCUAAUUUCAACCAAAUGCCACCAUCUUCAAAUUCUUCAUCUCAACCACCUCAUCAAAGAUCUGAAAUACCUGUUAAGCAAUUGACUUACAAAGAUGAAGAAUAUUUCACUGCUCCGCCAUCGCGAAUGGUGUCAUUAGAAGAAUUAUUAGUCCCUCCUACUCGUGAUUUUAGACCAAAGAGUAUCGUAAUCAUUCUGAGGGGUCUCCCUGGCUCGGGUAAGACUCAUCUCGCUAAAUUGAUCAGAGACAAGGAAACUGAAAAUGGAGGUUCCGCUCCUAGGAUAUUAUCAAUUGAUGAUUAUUUCAUGGUCGAGAAAGAAGUAAUGGUUACUGAUGAAAACGGUAAAAAAGUUAAAUCAAAGGAAUUUGUAUACGAAUAUGAGGAAGCAAUGGAAGUUAGUUAUCGGGCAAGUUUGCUGAAAGCUUUCAAGAAAACAACAGAUGCUCCAUAUUUCAAAUUUAUUAUUGUUGAUGCUGUGAAUAGCUGGGUAUCUCAUUUUCAUGAAUUUCAUGCGCAUGCAGCCUCAAAAGGAUUUACCGUCUAUAUUUGUGAAAUCGAUUGUAAAGAUCCAGAAUUUUGCUCUAAAAGAAAUGUUCACAAUCGCACAUUAGAAGAGAUUAGAAAAUUGGCCAGAAUUUGGGAGAAAACUCCAAGAGAUUUCAUCCAACUCGAUACAACUACUUUCAUGCAAAACAUUUUGACAGAAGAAGCUGAUAAUAAUUCAUCGGAAUCUAAUUCAAAAGAUAAACGAAGACUUGAAGAAACCGAAGAAGAUGAUAUUAUCUCAAAAAAACUUGCUUCUGGAGUUAAUCCGAGUCGCGAUGAAGUCGAAUCUAAAGCUGAGCUCAGCAAAAGUCGAUGGGAGAAGAUGGAGGAAUCUUCUGAAAUUGAUCAUGACCGGUUGGAUGGUUUCAAAGUAAAACGCAAGAUCACUAUGGAUGAAUAUCUGCAAUUACCUGAUGAUUAUGAUCAGCGUGGGGCUCAGCCCAACAGAAAAAGGGUUCGAUGGGCUGAUGUUGAAGAAAGGAAAAAUCAACAAAAAAUGAGAAACUUAGGUUUUAUUGUGGGUCAAAAUUGGGAACAAGUAUUGGAUCCUUCCAAUCCUGAAAAAGCUCUCAACAGAACAAAAUACAUAUGAUGUAGCUGGGCAAAUAUUGAGCAAUUUUCAUCACUCACCAUUCAAUCACCAUCAUUAUAAACCAAAGACUCUCAAUAAUUCUAUGAAAUGUGAAUCUUGACCGAUUGAACACUCUUGACAGUAUAACUCAUUUUCUUCAUCUGCAUCGAUAAGAAGAUAUGCAUUUAGACGGUAAUUUUUUAUCCAUAUUAUCGUCUUUCGAUUAAUUGAGAUGAAUAAUUUCCUGGAGACAUAAUUGAUUAACCUGAAAUGUCUUCAUAUAAUCUCACUUCCCUGAUUAUUCGUUGUCGAAGGACAACGAAUUUGAAGCUAUUCUUUACUCUCUAAUCAACUCUUUACUCUAUCAACUUCCAUUCUAUGCCUAUUAUUAGAAUCAUCUCAUCUAUUAUAUUUCUGAUAAUAAUUUACAUUUUUCGGUUUUGAAAUUUUUUCAUACAUCUGUAAUUCCAAUUCUGCCGCAUUUAUUCAUUGCAGAGCAGUUAAUACAGAUACUGGAUUAGUUCAGAGACAUUUAAAUUAAUCGCAGGGUAUACAAUAUACUUCAUCAAUCUUUUUUGUAAUGUAAUUUCAUAUUUAUUAGUUUUCGUGUUAGAACUAAUUAUUUAAUUUCUUUCAUGUUUAAAUUAAAUGUAUGUUGAGGCUUCCUCUUUUAGCAGCCAAUUGAUUAAUUUGCAGAGAUUUGUUUUUCAUCAUUCAUACAAUCUUUUGCAUUCCACUUUUGUCCCGUUUUUAUGAUUUUCUUAUCAUUCAACUAAUCGUAUUUAUGAAUGCGCCUAUCCUCAAAGACGCUUUUAAAGCUUUUGAUAAAAGCUAAUAUCAAUCUGCUUUUCUAUUUACAAUUUUCAAGAAAAAUCUUCCACCGAAAUGCUAAAUUAUGCGAAAAAUUUCUCUCGAGGAACAAUUCAAAAAUUUGAAGAUAUCUUUGAUUUACGAGACAAAUCAACGUGAACUUUUCUCAUUGUGAAUUUUAUAAUGAAUAUCAUUGUCUUGGUGGAUAUUUUGUAUGAAACCAAUAUCAAAUUGAAAAAUUGCUCGGAUUUUGACUGAUGAUCAUCACGAAAUAUUAACCUUUUCACAAUCAUGUCAAAUGAGCUUGGAACAUUUAAUUCAGUGAAACAGGGUGAAUCUUAUACAGAUUUUCACCAUUCUCAAUAAAUUAUCACAGUGUCUCUAUUGAAAUGCCUAAACAAACAGCUUCUUCAAAAGAAGCUUUCAUAAACCUUGUAAAAUAAAGAUCCUUUAUUGAAAA